UAAGUCAAGAAGAAGCACAAAAUUUAUAUGACCAAAUGAGACAAGUGACAAAAGAUUAUCGUCUAUGUGCAAUGACUUUAUAUGUUCAAACAUGUACUCGAGAAUAUGAAUUGUUAACAAAUGAAAUUAAACAAAUUGUUGAAGGUAUUCCACAAGAAAACGACGAUGAAGCCGGUCAUGCUGCAUUUAUACAUUAUAAUGAAUUACGUGAAAAAAGAUUUAAAAUAGAAGCUGAACAAUCGAUCUAUUUUUUAGACGAGCAGCGAGUCGAGAGCAACAACAAUCAACAAGAAGAAGAAAUGAUUGCCCCGACUCUGGUUCGAUCGUUGGGCGAGGAUUUCUUGCUCCAACAAUAAUCAAUCAAGCACAAGCAAAAUUAACCGAGGAUGAAUAUCAUCUACUUAAAUUAGGCCCACGAUUUAUCUAUAAUGAUCCAAAAACAGCAUCUCGACGACGUCUCAUCGAGUUGGCUACAGUCCAAAGAAAAAUUGAAGCUCGAUUUCAUGAAAAGAAAGUUAGCCCCGGUCGUCCAGUCCAUCAAUUCAUUGCUGAAUUAGAUAUUCUGCUUCAAAAUUUACAUGAUAUUCCUGUCAAACCAAAUCCUCGGUUAAAUCAAUCACAACAACAACGACAAUACGUUCUCGAUAUUCCAAAUGAUAUGAUUAUUUCAAGUCAACCCCAGCUGAUUCGAUCUUCUAAAACGAAGAGAAAUUAUGAUCGAUCAGUCAAACGAUUAAAACAUAAAUUUCGACUCACCAACAUAGUAUUACGUAAAACAGAUAAAUCCAAAGUAUUCCAUUUAGGAAAGAUCGAUGAUUAUAACAAAAAGUCUAACGAUUAUAUGGAUAAAACACAAGCAUAUCAAUGUCCUGGAACACAAGAUCCAUUACCCGAUUUAAUUCAACGAACAAAUAAAUAUUUACUAGAUCUUCGAUUAGCCAAAUGGAUCACUCAAAAACAAUAUGAACAACUAUGUGUAAACCAACAAGAAGUCGAGUUAGCUCAUCUAUACUAUUUACCCAAAGCACACAAGACUGGUACUCCUCUUCGUCCAAUUAUAUCCGGUCUUAAACAUCCAACAAUAAAGAUCUCUAAAUUUCUCGAUGAUCUACUUCGACCGUUAUUCGAUAAGAUGGCACUAGAUACUACUGUUACAUCUGGAUUUGAAUUACUCAAGAAAUUGAAAGAACGGUCAAUACAAAAUUUGAAACAAGAGACUCUAUUAUGUACUAUUGAUGUUGCAGAUCUUUAUACAAUGAUACCACAAGUCGAAGGAGUACUAGCUCUCAAGAAAAUAAACAAUUACUUUUCUUUGAAUGGUCAAUUUUAUCACCAAAUUCGUGGUGGUGCUAUGGGUUCUCUACUUACUCUUACUAUUUCGAAUUGUUAUAUGUACUUUUAUCAACAAGAUAUAGUGAAACAAAUUAGCAAUAGUGGUGGACUCUAUUUCAGAUAUAUCGAUGAUAUAUUUUUAGCAAUCAAUUGGCCUAUUCGACAUUUCAUCAAACAAGUCGAUCGACGGAAUCAAUUUGAUUCAAAUAUACGAUUAUCUGCUAAUAUUAGUUUACAUGCCGAUUUCCUCGAUCUACAUAUGGAGAAUCAAAAUGGACAAUUAUUUACAAAUGUUUACCACAAACCAUCACAUGAACCAUAUUAUUUACCAUUUAAUAGUAUCCAUCCAUUACACAUGAAAAAGAACAUACCAUUUGCUAUGUUCUUAAGAGCCAUUCGAUAUUGCUCAACAUUCAAUGCAUAUUUACAAGAAAGAGAAUCUUUAAGAAUGGCUCUUCUGUUGAACAAAUAUCCUGGUGACCUAAUUACUAGCCAAUUCAAUCGUGUUCUAUCAAAAUUUGAAAUUAAUGAUCAACUUAGUAUUAGAAAUUACGAAAGACUAAGAGAUCAAUUAAUUCAAUCAUUUCACCCCUCAAGAGAUAGAACACCAUUUGACCAUGGAAAGAUGAUGUUCGUCCAUUAUACUUAUUGUACAAAUAUGAAGUCAUUUCCCAUGAAAUUCCACAACUUAUGGCACAAAUAUUUUGACAAUUCACCAAUUAAUGAAAUUACUCCAAUAUUAGGAACCAAAAAUGUCGACAACUUACAAAAACGUUUAGUGCAUACUCGUUCAUAA